AUGUACAGAAUAGAUGUUUCAGAUUUUUAUGACUUCCAAGCGUUCAGAAAUAUGUGUCCAUUUCGAGACUAUAACAAAGCAGUCGAGAAUUUGAAACGUUUAGUCAUUUAUGUCGACUCUGCCCCAGAAUGUUAUGUCAUGAAAGAAUGGGAUGUUGUCUUUAACAAACCAAGAGCGACAAUAGUUUCAGAACAAGAAUGUAGACAGAAACUUAAGAAAAUAAAAGUCGUACAAGUUGGUAUGAAGAUGUUAGAUGCUUGGGAUAUCUUAUUGUCAAAGUUAGAAGAUUUUUCAGUUCGAGGUAUAAAGUUUUAUACACCUUCUCCAAACUUCUAUUCUAUCUUCACUGGAUAUAAAUACGAACAAGUAGAAUGGAAAGAAAAUAUUAUAGAAGCUUGGUUAGACCAUGUCAAAGAAAUUAUAUGCAAUGGAAACGAAAGAGUCUAUGAGUAUAUCUUAUGUUGGUUUGCAAACAUCUUACAACAUCCAAGUGCUAAAAAUGAAACUGCUCUCAUCAUAAUUGGAAAACAAGGAACAGGUAAGAACACUUUCUUUACAGAUAUCUUAUGCAAACUGUUAGAGGGCUAUUCGAACCCGAAUAUGACAAACUUAGAAAACAUCUGCGGUAAAUUUAACUCCUCAAUAGAGAAUAUGAAACUUAUAGUAUGUAACGAACUUCAAAGUAUAGAUACAACAAAGGUUUUAAACUCAGAUGCUUUGAAGAGUCUUAUAACAGACAAAGUUGGAGUUGUUGA